AUGCCUUAUAAUGAGUUUGACAUCCAGAUUGCCGAUAUUACCGAAACGAAAUUGGAAGAGAUUGGAUUAGCUGAGGAAGUUGGCCAUCUGAGCCCAGGAACAUUUGACAACCCGGCGUUUCCAGUUCAUGGAAUCUUACAUGGACUAAACCUCAGACUCAUGGUCCCAUUGACCUUCCAAAGGUUCCGAAAACCAGAUUCUCCGAUUUUGAAUGUCUGGUGUCUCGUUUCAACGGCAAGUCCAUUCACUUGUCUUACUGUAAAGACAAUGGAAGCAUUGCUGGGAGCUGGGAACGUUGUCGACGGCAUGUUUUGUUCAUUUUCAAUUCAGGACCAAAAUAGUCGAAUCGAGUGUGAAGUGAGCAAUGGGAAUUUUGAGAAUGUCAACAUUUUGGGAAUGGAUGCGAUGUGUCAGCUGAAACUCAAUUUGAAUAUCAACUGGGAUCGGAAUAGCUUUGAAUUGAUUAGAAACUGA